AUGCAGCAAUCGUGGUCAGAAAGCAGUGCAGCGUCGACGCGACCACCAAGUCCUGCAGAAGCGGAAAAGUCAAGCGAUAGAAGUCGUCAACCGUCAGAUUCGAAGUCAGACUCAGACCCAGAGAAAGGAUUGCAAUCCCCAGCCCACGAUACAGCGCCAAACUCACCCGUUCCCUCUCCACAAGAUCGUCCUACAUCUCUCGAUUGGGAUGGCCCGGACGACCCUCUCAACCCUCACAACUGGAGUUUAACACGGAAAUGGUAUCAAACAUUUACAAUCAGCGGCAUCGCGCUUGUAGGAACCUUUGCCUCAUCCGUAUUUACACCAGCUAUCGAACAAGCCGCCGCUGAGCUCAACUCCACACGUCUAAUAGCAACACUCGCAUACUCAAUCUACGUCCUGGGCCUCGCUUUCGGCUGUCCCUUUGCCGCACCACUCAGCGAGACAUUCGGUCGACGACCCGUCAUCUUCAUCAGCCUCCCAAUCUUCUCACUCUUCAUCCUCGGCACCGGCUUCGCGCAAAGCAUAUCAUCCCUAGUUGUCCUUCGAUUCUUCGCCGGCUUCUUCGCAUCUCCAAGCCUAAGCAUGGGCUCUGGAACUCUGAGCGACAUCUGGCCACCGGAGAAACGCUCAGGACCAAUGUCUCUCUACGUAGCAACACCUUUCUUCGGCCCAGCCUUAGGACCUAUCCUCGGCGCCAUCGUAACACAAGCUCGCGCCUGGCGCUGGACCGCCUGGCUAAUCCUCUUCUUCACCGUUGUCCUCGUCCUCGCACCCGCGCCCUUUUUCGUAGAAUCCUUCAAACCCGUCCUCCUCCGCAAGCGCGCAAAACAGCGUAACCUGCCUCUCCCUCUCCUCCCAACAGAAGGCAUGUCAUGGCCCAAGGUUAUUCAUACGUACGCCACCAGAACACUCACUCGACCCAUGCACAUGCUGUUCACCGAACCCAUUGUCGCAACCUUCAACACAUAUAGUGCCUUCAACUUUGGCGUUCUGUACGCCUUCUUCGCCGCAUUUCCCUAUGUGUUUGAGAGAGAAUACGGUUUCGAUAGUAUAUCCACUGGUCUGACAUUCCUCGGUCUGGGCGUCGGUGUUCUCAUCGCGUCUGUUGGUAUCGUUUCUUUUACCAAACUCUACUACAUCCCUCGAGUGCGCAAAGCCGUUGUGGAGAAGCAGCCACCCCCGCCUUUCGCUACUUCCAAACUGAAACCAGAGAAGCGACUUCCCCUGGCAAUGGCAGGAGGGCCUAUUCUGACGAUUGGGCUUUUUCUCUUUGGUUGGUCUGCUGCGUAUCGUGUACAUUGGAUUGUACCGACAAUUGCGGAGGCGCUGUUUGGUUUGGGCAAUAUGCUUGUUUUCAUGGCCUGUAUGAUGUAUAUCACGGACACAUAUGGGCCGCUGUAUAGUGCCAGUGCCAUGGCUUCGAAUGCGAUUUUGAGGUAUGUGUUGGGUGCUUUCUUCCCUUUAUUUGCGGUACAGAUGUUCCAGCAUCUGGGCACACAGUGGGCAUGUACUUUACUGGGGUGUUUGAGCGUUCUGGGGGCAUGUAUCCCGUUUGUGCUAGUCAAGUACGGAGAAGCGUUAAGAAGCCGGAGCGGGUACAAGCGGAAUGGAUGA